UCAACCAAGAGAAAAAAAUUAUUCCUCUAAAAUCAUUUUUUUUACUCUCAAUUAAUUUCAUUCUCAAGUUAGGAGUUGUAUUUACUUCCGUUCAAUUUAUUUGCUCUCCACCAGUCUGACCCUAACUUGCCGGAUAAAACAUCCAAUCAAGGAUCUACUAAAUAUGUACCCCACGCACUUCAACCACCAUCACUAGUCAAACCCAACAUUUAAUUUAUCAUCACCACUUUCAACGUUCUUCAAAUUUUCUUGAGAUCAUUACAAUUAAUUACCACGGUCGCUCAUUAAUAUUUACCUUGAAAGAAACUAAAACGUUCUACUCGAGAUAUCAUUUUCCGAAAAUAGUUUUACUAAAUUGUGAAACUGUAAAACAUCAACCCGGGAGCAAAUAACGACGUGUGAGGAAAACACAAUUUGGAAUUAUUAAUUAGGUCACCAUAAUUGGUUGAGAACUUAAGAUGAAAGUAAAAUUGGAAAAUACAGUAGUAUAAUAGUAUUUGCAUAUAUGUAAAUACAUAUAUACACAUACCCUUACAAGCUCAAGAAAUCAUAAAGUCAACAUUGAUACAAGGAAAUAAAAAAGAUAUUCUAGAUCUGUCCUCUGAACUUAUAUAUCAACUUCAUCUCCCAUCACUAUCAAUCUUUCUCUCUUUCUCUGUAAACAAUAAAUUCCACACUUUCCAUUUCUCUUCUCAGAUUUUUUCCUGCAAAUCUCACAAUACUCGAUAUUCAUACAUUUUUUCUCAUUUAUUAACACCAUACCCAUUUUUCCUAAAACUCUCUCACCUAAAAAAGUUUCAUGAGAUGAGAAAAACUCAACUUAUAACAAUGUUACUUGGAGUAUCUUUAUCAGCAUUCUUGAUAGUAAUCUUCUUCAUUGUCUUCUUCAUCUGCUUUAGAAGAAAAGAAUCAUCAUCUAUUGACUCAGAUCAAUACGACGUCGAAUCACUCGACCACAACAAACAAGGAUUCUCUUCGGAAACAGAGGAACUCGUAUCCUUUCAAGGCGGAGAAGAUCUCACGAUCUGCGAUAUCCUCGAUGCUCCCGGAGAAGUCAUCGGAAAAUCAAGCUACGGUACUUUGUACAAAGCGUCUUUGCAACGAAGCGGCAAGAUUAGGGUUCUUAGAUUUCUUAGACCGGUGUGUACAGUGAGAUCGGAUUCUAAAGAGUUUAACGGCAUCAUCGAGACACUUGGGUUUGUUCGACAUGAGAACUUGGUUCCUCUGUUAGGUUUCUACGCUGGAAACAGAGGAGAGAAGCUUAUGGUUCAUCCUUUCUUCGGUUCCGGGAAUCUUUCCGACUUCAUCAGAAGUGGAGAUGAUGAAUUAAGAAAAUGGAUUAAUAUUUUAAGAAUCACAAUUGGAAUAUCUACAGCUCUUGAUCAUCUCCACACAGGAAUGCAGAAACCAAUCGUCCAUGGCAAUCUGAAGUCCAAGAACGUUCUUCUGAGUUCGAUUUUCGAACCUCGAAUCUCUGAUUUCGGUUUGCAUUUGCUCUUGAACCUAGCUGCAGGACAAGAGAUUCUUGAUGUUUCUGCAGCUGAGGGAUACAAAGCUCCUGAGUUAAUAAAGAUGAAGGAAGUGAGCAAAGAGAGUGAUGUGUAUAGUCUUGGUGUGAUCAUGCUUGAGCUAGUCUCUGGUAAAGAACCGAUAAACGAGAAUCCAACGGGCGAUGAUGAGUUCUAUCUUCCUGAUUUUAUGAGGAAUGCUGUUCUUGAUCAUAGGUUGUCUGAUUUAUACCGUCCUGAGAUUAUCAGAAGUGAUGAUAAUCUGAGUGAAGAAUGUGUCCUCAUGUAUUUUCAGCUUGCAAUGUCUUGUUGCUCUCCUUCGCCUUCUCUUAGGCCAAACGUCAAACAAGUCUUGAGGAAACUUGAAGAGAUUGGGAAAUUUUAGAAUCAUCUUUUUUGAAUAAAAGCUUUUACAUAGGGAUGCAUUUUACAGAGAAAAAUAAACUUACUACUAGAC